CAACACUCGACAUGAGCAAAGAAGACCGUAUGAAGAUGACAAAAUCCUCGUCUCUGCUGCGAGAGGGUGCUGUGUGGGUGUCGGGCUUCAACGGGAAGUUGAUGCGGAUCUCCGAAAAAAGAGCUGAUAUCGAGAAGAGCUCCUUCACAAUACAAUCUUGCAUUCCUAUGAUGGGUCGUCACUUUUUUUACAAAAUGUCACCUAGAACGAGGUGCACGGCCGACCAGCUGUUGCCUUGGUUCCCGAUCGCCGACUCCGGACGUACGAUCGCUGUUGGUCUCAUAAUUCAAGGCCAAUUGGCGUUUAAUAAGAGGACUAAAAAAAAUUGGUUCGAAAAGCCGUAUCGUGCUGAUGUUAAGGUCGUUAUCACCAGUGGUCCCCAGUGCUAUUACGAUGCAGCCGACAGCCCCGGAGUAGUGGCUCUUCACAUCUACUAGGUGGAUAAACCCUGGACCAUCGGGUGCGAUGGAAAUUAAAUCAUCCCCAAACCCUAUGGAUUAUCAAAUUUUGUAAUAAAAUCAAUUAAUACCUUGCAAUUAUGGCUUCCGCAAAUCCACGAGUGGCGCGUAUUUAUGUUACUCUAGUACUCAAGUUUUUAGACAAAUAAAAUAACGAAUAUAUUCUAAGAGGCAUAUUCAUUGACAUUAAAACAUUUUUGCUGUAUGACAAGGUGGCAAACAAGCGAGCGGCCACCUGAAUUGGCCGAAAAGGUGAAGCGCCCGCUGCUCCUCAGCAAAUGCAGAUGAGAUACCUGCCUUUAAUCGGCAACAACGUACAUAGAGGAUAUUUCCCAUUGUUAUGAGUCUCCUUUACCGUCAAAUCCACUUUCUUUUCCCAUUCAAAGUACUAAAAUAAGGCCUCCGGCACGCACACUUAUCGACGAAAUGCGGAAU